AUGUGGUCAGAGCUCAGGCCUCUCUCUCGCCUCCUCCUCUUCUUCUUCAGGUCAGAUGUGGUCUUCGCAGCUACAGAAACCAUAAGGGAGCAGCAGGAGGAGGUGAGGGAGUAUCAGGUGGAGGUGAGGGAGCAGCAGGAGGAGGUGAGGGAGCAGCAGGAGGAGGUGAGGGAGCAGUGGGAGGAGGUGAGGGAGCAGCAGGAGGAGGUGAGGGAGCAGUGGGAGGAGGUGAGGGAGCAGCAGGAGGAGGUGAGGGAGCAGCAGGAGGAGGUGAGGGAGCAGCGGGAGGAGGUGAGGGAGCAGCAGGAGGAGUGGGAGGAGGUGAGGGAGCAGCAGGAGGAGGUGAGGGAGCAGCAGGAGGAUGUGAGGGAGCAGUGGGAGGAGGUGAGGGAGCAGCAGGAGGAGGUGAGGGAGCAGCAGGAGGAUGUGAGGGAGCAGCAGGAGGAGGUGAGGGAGCAGCGGGAGGAGGUGAGGGAGCAGCAGGAGGAGGUGAGGGAGCAGCAGGAGGAGGUGAGGGAGCAGCAGGAGGAGGUGAGGGAGCAGCAGGAGGAGGUGAGGGAGCAGUGGGAGGAGGUGAGGGAGCAGCAGGAGGAGGUGAGGGAGCAGCAGGAGGAUGUGAGGGAGCAGUGGGAGGAGGUGAGGGAGGAGCAGCAGGAGGAGCAGGAGGAUGAAGAGGAGGAGGAGGUGAGGGAGCAGCAGGAGGAGGUGAGGGAGCAGCAGGAGGAGGUGAGGGAGCAGCAGGAGGAGGUGAGGGAGCAACAGGAGGAGGUGAGGGAGCAGCAGGAGGAGGUGAGGGAGCAACAGGAGGAGGUGAGGGAGCAGUGGGAGGAGGUGAGGGAGCAGCAGGAGGAGGUGAGGGAGUAUCAGGUGGAGGUGAGGGAGCAGCAGGAGGAGGUGAGGGAGCAGCAGGAGGAGGUGAGGGAGCAGCAGGAGGAGGUGAGGGAGCAGCAGGAGGAGGUGAGGGAGCAGCAGGAGGAGGUGAGGGAGCAGCAGGAGGAGGUGAGGGAGCAGCAGGAGGAGGUGAGGGAGCAGCAGGAGGAUGUGAGGGAGCAGCAGGAGGAGGUGAGGGAGCAGUGGGAGGAGGUGAGGGAGUUGCAGGAGCAGACCACAGGUUAG